AUGAAGCUUUUGAUUGCUGUUCUGAUAGUCUUCUUGUUCUCUGCGGCUGCUGAUUCAUGUUCUGAUUUCAUGUUUCCCGACAACAAAGUCUUCACAUCAUGCACCAAUCUGUCCGCACUCAACUCCUUUCUCUACUGGAGUCAGAACCCAUCAUCAACAACUCUCGACAUGGCAUACCGUCACAGUCAUGUCCCUCCCUCCACAUGGGUUGCAUGGGGCAUCAAUCCCAAGCCAAACAAGAUGGUGGGUACUCAGGCGAUCAUUGCAUAUCAGAAGCCAGAUGGAAACAUGGCUGUCUACACCUCGUCUGUCGAUAGCUAUGCGACUCAACUGCAAAAGGGAAACUUGAGUUUCCCUGUUUCUGAUUUGUCUGCCUUGUUUUCUAAUGAUGAGAUCAUUAUCUUCGCAACGAUACAACUUCCCAACAACAGUUCUACUAUCAACCAUGUGUGGCAAGAUGGACCCAUAACUGGCAACCAUCUUGGCAUUCACGAUCUAUCUGGACGUCAUCUUCAAUCCAUGGGAACUCUCAAUCUUUUAUCUGGACGGGCCUUCGCCUCUCACGGAUCUGAUUCGAAAACCAAACUCAAGAUUGUAUUCACAUGGUGUACUCAACACAAUUAG